CAGAGAAAUGCGCACAUGAGGCGGAGUGGGCGCUCUCGCUUCACUCUGUUCUCCGCACGCAGCAGACAGACACAGAGCCAGACUCAGACAGAGCCCAUCAUGGACACAAACACAACCAUCCUACGAGUGAAAAGAAAACGGGGAACCGACCCGGCAGAUGCACUGCUGCUGGCUUGUAAGCGCAUCCGUCCAGAGGUUUCUCAGAGCGCCAGUGAAACGGUACCAGAACCUCGGGAAGAGGAGGUGGAAAACUCCGUCUUCAAACUCGUGGCGACUGUAGCGACCCAGGAUGCUCCAGUCCAGACUCAGGUGCGACAGGCCUUGGCCCGGCCCCGCAUGGCGCACGCUUUUCGUCCCUCCGCUGCGAGUUCACAGCGCAUCAUCGGGGAUCUCCGCAGCUCCAAGUGGAGCACCAGGCGUGAGGAACGCUACAAGCUCAUCUCCAGCCACCGCACCGCAGUGUCUACCCCAGCUGAGCAGCACAACCCUCCCACAGAUACUGCACACAGUGUGGUAGACGACACUAAAGAACAGGGCAAAAGUUGGGCUGUUGGAGCGAUUCAGGUGGUCGAUUUGCUACAUGAAGAUGCACAGGAACAGGAUAAGUGUGGAAAGACACUGACAGAUCCUGAGGUGAUCCUAUGUAACAACACUAAGAUGCUUCGUGAGCGGUUGUGCAUUUCUGGAGAAGGCCUUGGUGGAGAACAUCGGGAGCAUGAAGAUGACUAUGUCUACGAUCUGUACUAUCAGGAAACUGCCACACCUGGAUGGAUCCAGGACAUCCUGUCUGUCAGGGCCUAUGCUGACGAGGGAGAACUGGUACCUGACCUUGUAGUUCAUGAAGAAGAAGUGUAUGAGGAUGAGGAUGAUGAGAAUGAAGAAGGCAACUGGAGGAAUGACUAUCCUGAUGAAGACAGUGAUGGGGAUAGUGACCGGGAGGAGCGCUAUGGAGGUUACUGGGAGGAGGAGCACUCGUACAGCCGAAGGAGCUGGGAGCAGUACGAAAAGGAAGUGCUGCACGAACUCGGCCAUCGUGGUGAUGAAGAUGACGAAGAUGAUGAAGACAAUUAUGGCUCAGAUUAAAGAAAUUACUUUUUUUUUUUUUUUUUCCAAGAUAACGCCAACCUUAAAAACUUCUAUAUGAGAGGGAGGACCAGUAACCAGGACGAUAUCAUUAUAUUAAAAAAAAAAAAAAAAAAUCUGCAUUCCAUUAGUCUCAUUUGGCUUCUUAUAUUUGCUAGUAUUGACUUGAUGUAGUCACUCAAAGCAUGUUUAUUUGGCUCCUUCCUCUGUAAUGUAUAGAUGUUGAGGUAGGUGCCUGAAUCCUUUUAUAUUGUUGAGUGAAUUUUGGUAUGGGUGUUUGAAGUAUGCGUUACAAAAAUGUUGCACAGUUGUGUGAUGUGUUUCGUAUGCUUUGUGAUGUUCAAACUUGAGUUACCAAGAUGUAUUGGCCUGCGUGUGGUUGCAAAUUAGCCUGUUUGCAUUGUUCGUGCAUGGUAGAGUGUUAACGUGUUAUGUGUGCUAGAUAAUGUAUAAUGUGUGUUCUCUUUAAGGUAUGGACUGUUUCUUUGAACGCUUGUUGAAUUAACUGUUUUUGUAUAUAUGUACAUGUGUAUAAAAAGCUUUCAAAAUAAAACUUCUUUGGUUUUAUUGCAUACGA